CCCUGGGAGAAGGUGGUGAGCUCCUCUUCCCCUGAAAGUUCUAGCAGCACCUGGUGCCCGAGUGGGAGCCUCACAGUGAUGUAGGCACGUUGCAGGGGGGCGCUGGGCUUGGGCAGCACGGAGGUGACUGUUUCCGGGAAGACAGGGUGUGGACAGAGCCAUCAGAGGUCAAGGAUGGAUGGGAAGAGAGGAAGGAGAGUUGUUGUAACACUCUUUGUACACCAGGCACUUUCCCAAGUGCACUUUCCCAAGCACCAGGGCAGUACUUUUAAAAAACCUUCUGCAGAGUAGGAAACUGAGGCUUAGAGAAAGUCAGGUUAUUCAAGGGGCUCCCACGGCCCUCAUUUAUUCAGAUCCGUGGGGUGCCUGGGCCUGCAGGGGUGGGUCUCUUAUAGACAUGAACCCACUGGGGCCUGACGGAAGGUGGCCAGGCGAUGGUAUCAUUACUGCCGUCACACAGAGGGGACGGUAACUAAGGCUUUGGGAGGUAAGGGAACGUGCCCAGACCACAGACCCCCAUGGAGAGGAGCGAAGAUUUGAACCCCCAUCUCCCUGCUUCUGGCUGUUGCCUGCAGCCUGGUGCUGGCACUCUGACAGUACUUAGGGACUGUUGGAAACCUGACCACACCCUGGCACGUCUUGUGGAAACAGGCGCAGCUGGAAGCUCAGAGAGCCACGCAGGACUUCCAGAGGGCCACCGAGGUGCUCCGCGCCGCCAAGGAGACCAUCUCCCUGGCCGAGCAGCGGCUGCUGGAGGAUGAUAAGCGGCAGUUUGACUCGGCCUGGCAGGAGAUGCUGAACCACGCCACCCAGAGGGUCAUGGAGGCGGAGCAGACCAAGACAAGGAGCGAGCUGGUGCACAAGGAGACGGCGGCCAGGUACAAUGCGGCCAUGGGCCGCAUGCGGCAGCUGGAGAAGAAACUCAAGCGAGCCAUCAACAAGUCCAAGCCUUACUUUGAACUCAAGGCGAAGUACUACAUGCAGCUUGAGCAGCUGAAGAAGACGGUGGACGAGCUGCAGGCCAAGCUGGCCCUGGCGAAGGGCGAGUACAAGACGGCCCUGAGGAACCUGGAGACGAUUUCGGACGAGAUCCAUGAGCGGCGGCGCUCCAGCGCCAUGGGGCCCCGUGGGUGCGGUGUCGGGGCCGAGGGUGGCAGCCCGGCUGCCGAGGACCUGUCGGGGCGCAAGCCCGAGCCUGACGCUGUUUCUGUGGCCUCCGAGGCCUUCGAAGAUGACAACUGCAGCACCUUUGUGUCUGAAGAUGAUUCGGAGACCCAGUCCGUGUCCAGCUUCAGCUCGGGACCCACGAGCCCGUCGGAGAUGCCCGAGCAGUUCGCCGCAGCCGUGAGGCCCGGCAGCCUGGACCUGCCCAGCCCCAUGUCCCUGUCAGAAUUUGGGAUGAUGUUCCCGGUGCUGGGCCCCCGCAGUGAGUGCAGCGGGGCCUCCUCCCCUGAGUGCGAGGUGGAGCGAGGAGACAGGGCGGAAGGGGCAGAGAAUAAAGCAAGUGACAAAGCCAGCAACCAUCGGGGUCUCGGCAGCAGCAGCGGUGACAGUGGCGAGAGCCCGAGCAGCACGUCCCCCGAGGGCCAGGCCUUGGAGGACAGGAUGCGGCAGCUGUCCCUGCAGGGCUCGAAGGGCAGGGACAGGGUCAUCGCGGACAUAGACGUGGUGCAGAUCGGCUGAUCGAGCCGCGGCUCUGGCCCAAGCGCAUAUCAGUAUUUAGACAUGAAACCGUAUGGAGAACAAUUGUGCCAAUAAUCAUUUAAUAUAUGCCAAAUCCCAAGCAUUGCCUCUAAACUGCACUAAUGACGUUUCAGUGAGCUUGAGAGCUGAAGAUGUUUCUUCUGGGUAAGAGCUCUCAGGCUGGUGUUUUUCAGCACAGAGUCGUUGCAGGUGGGCUGUGACCAGGCCCACGGCCUUUGUGGAACGUCCCCCGUCAGUGCUGUGGACGCAGUAACUGGUUCCCAGGAAAAACCCCCGAGCCGGGAAAGGGGCCGGGGAGCUGAGCCCCAGCGGGCUCAACAGCUGGCUCAAUUGGGAAAAUUGCCUUGUUCUCUCCUUUAUAUCCGAGGGGAUCUAAAGGAAAACAAGUACACAAGACAAAACUCAAAUAUUCAGAACGACACCUUUUCGACCCAAUGAAGGCUUAAAAAAAAAAAAUCCAAGGACACAAUUCAUUUUCAACAUCUCUGGUUUUCAGAGGGGGCUUUUAAAAAAGUGAAUUUGCUGGGACACCCAUUAAAAUCAUCUUCUGUAAAAGGUCACCGAGAGCUGCACUUUUGGGGGUGGGAAAGGUGAAUGCCGGUGUGGGGAUGGGGGGGGGGAACGAGGGCAGCAGGGGCCUGUCGCAGAAGGGGGUUCGUGGCUGUGGAAGAAAAGGUUCUACAGCGUAAGCCUCAUCCUACCGGCCCAGGGGACUUAUUCUAAGAGAAGUGCAUGGGGAAUGGUUGCCAGUGUUGUUCUAGAUUGACAAGGUGUUAAUUUCUCUGUAGGCUGUAACUUUAAAAAUAAUUUAAGGGUUAUGCUGCACUAGUAUUUCUUAGAGGAAAUUGUUCCUUACAGCUAGGAAAGGGAGGAGGCACGUGUUGGCAAAGGCUGUUAAAUAGAAGCAAUGGUGUUUGUUAUGCUAAUAGUGUUAAGUGUUCUAUUACUACUUUUCUUGUUUUCAUGGUUACACAUAUUUAGAGCAUUGUAUUUUAUUUGUCCUUUUUUGUUAAGAAAACUUAGCAUUUCUAAAAGAAAAAAAAGCAACCCCAUUCAAGUUGCCCAUUAAGUCUGUCAAGCUUAUAUAUUUGUCAUUUGUAAAUCCCUUCAUACUAUCCUGUUUUCUCCUUUUUUAAUGACCGAUACAGUAUCCUAAUUACAAGGUUAUUUUGUACUUGUCUUAAUACCUUGAGUGUAAUAAAAAUGGCUUACGAAAAUGUC